CUGCUAACAUCUUGUCGCUGCCUCCUCAUAGUGCUAGUGAUCCAUCUAGCCUACUUUCAUCCACUAUGCUCGUAUACUGACUGAUGCCACUGGUCCAAACAACGUUAUGCCGCGCCAGCUAGCGCACGGUUUACCAGAUAUAGCCUUUUAGAAAGUUCUUCAACGAGAUUCAAGGGUUGACUUUUGGAAAAGUGUUGAGUUAAAAUCUCGAUAUGCUGGCACCGUUCCGACCUGUCACCAAGGAGAGAUGCUACAAAAAUAGGAACGUAUUCACUGUUGCUGCCACAGGAGCGGAAACAGUGCAGCGGAUAUGGGGUCUUCUAAAUAAUUAAGAAAAGAGGAGCGCUUUCUUUACUGCAGACUGGCACGUCAAGUAACGGUUCGGUAGAAACUAACGGAGUUUAUCCACCAAUGCUAUGAAAUCUAACAGAUGACAUCGCAACCUCGGAUCGAGAACCAGAUUUUACGGCUGACAUUUGACAGACUGCAAGGGGAGCGGAAGGGAGCGACAGUACCGCCGCGAAAGAGUGCUGGAACACGGCUGGGAGUCCACAGACCUUCGGUGGGGCACGGCCCAUGCGGAUCUGUCGUCCAUGAUCAGACGUCGGGAAAUAAACAUGUAGCUAGCUACUGCUACUUGGUUAUAGUACAUACAAUUCACCGUAAAUAAGAACACGGGAAAGCGGGCUUGACGUGUCGAUUGCCGUACGGUGUUCAACGUUAUUUUGACGGUGUCCAACCUCCCUUCAUCACCUCCACCACCACCUCAAGCCUGCAGUCUCCCUCUCUCCCCCCUCUCACCCCUUUCUGUCCCCCCUGGAAGAAGACAAGACAUUGGUCUGGAGAGUUGGCCCACGUCUACAUCCUACCCCAGACCACCCUAGUUCCAACCAGACUACAAUCCAACACCCUUCCCCUCCACCCCUCCCCAAACAGACGAAGGGGAGUGAGGAGCUUCACCCCCCCCCCCCCCCAUCCCCUCCUUCCCUCUCUCUCCCCCCUCCCAACAUGCAGCCCCGGGGCCUGUAUGUAAGAUCCAUGGUACAGCCCAUCCCUCCCUCUCUCUCCCCCCUCCCAACAUCCUAGAGAGCCAUCCCUAGAUUGAAAUCUUGAACCACUCCACUGGGUAAUGAAGUGAAGCUAAAUGUUCUGAUGUGAAACUGGGCUGGACCAGCACUGACCGGACAGGAGAGAACAGGAUGUGACUUCAGCAUCAGCCCACCUCACUUCCUGUCCAUCUCAACCAAUAGAAAGACUGGAUCACAGGCCUCAAAUUCCACAAUCACUCAAUCAAACUUUAUUUAUAAAAGCAUUUUUACAACAACAUUUCUCACAAAGUGCUUUACAGUAGUCACCUUAGUAAACUAAUGUUUGACUUCCAAAGAGCAGGCAGCGGCAGAGUGGCAAGGGACAACCUCCUUACAAGUGGAGAUGUGUUAGCUAACCUCUGACCUGUGUCUGGGCUUGGCUGCUUGUUGGAUCCAGACUGUAGUAUUUAAUCUACAGGCUUCUACUGACCGUAGCUAGCGCGUCAGCUUCUAGAAUGUUCUAUUAGGUUCUAGUAAGUUCUAAUAGGUUCUAGUAUGUUCUGUUAGGUUCUAGUAUGUUCUAUUAGAUUAUAGUAUGUUCUCUCAGGUUCAAGUAUGUUCUGUUAGGUUCAAGUAUGUUCUGUUAGGUUUUAGUGUGUUCUAUUAGAUUCUAGUAGGCUCUACCAGGCUGUCUGGCGCUGUGCUGUAGCCUCCUGGCCUGUGGCCCUCCUCUCUGGCUCCAGCCUUGGGCGUGGCCCACCGUUCCCCCCCCUCCCCUGAUCAACCUCCAUCAUUCGCCCCUCCCUCACCACGGCCGUCCUCCCCCCCCGCCCCCACCCUUCCUCCCCCUCCCAUCACCACCACUCCCCCCAUCAUCACCAUCACCCCUCUCACCCCCCAUCUCACCCCCAGUCCCCUCCUCCCUCCUCCCCUGUGGUCACCAUGACGACCACUCCCACUGCUCGUGAGCAUCUCCUGGUGGUGAGGAGGCGCAACCCCCACAUGCGCUACACUCUCAGCCCUGAAAACCUGCGCUCUCUCUCAGCCCAGGGCGGUGAUGGCAUUGGCCCUAGGGGUCACGGCGGGGAAAGGUCAGCUGGUGAACGGUCAGGGGUCGGAGGUCAUGGAGAGGGUCAUGGCGGCGGGCUACAAAGGGCCAAUAGCGACACGGACCUGGUGACCUCGGAGAGCAGGUCAUCGCUGACUGCGUCGACAUACGAGUUCACGAUGGGGCGGGGCCAAAACCUGGUCAUCAACUGGGACAUCAAGGAGGAAGUGGACGCCACGGACUGGAUCGGACUCUACCACAUCGAUGAGACGUGUCCUGCCAACGUGUGGGACUCUAAGAACCGCGGGGUGAACGGCACCCAGAGAGGACAGAUCGUCUGGAGGCUGGAGCCUGGACCUUACUUCAUGGAGCCUGAGACUAAGAUCUGCUUUAAGUACUACCAUGGAGUGAGUGGUGGCCUGAGAGCAACAACCCCCUGCAUCACCGUCAACAACCCAGGACUUCCUGUUAGAGCCGAGGGUCAAGCUGAGGGCCAAUCAGUGACAGAGAACUGUCGGAAACUCGUCAGCUUCACUUUAUCAGAUAUCCGUGCGUUGGGUCUGAAGAAGGGGAUGUUCUUUAACCCUGACCCCUACCUGAAGAUGUCCAUCCACCCUGGGAAGAAGAGUGGCUUCCCCACCUUCACCCACCACGGACAGGAGCGCCGCUCCGCCAUCAUAUCUAACACCACCAACCCUGUCUGGCCCGGAGAGAAGUACACGUUUGUGGCUCUGAUGACGGAUGUCUUGGAAAUCGAGGUGAAGGAUAAGUUUUCUAAAAGCCGACCAAUCAUCAAGCGCUUCCUGGGUCAGCUGACCAUCCCAGUGCAGAGGCUGCUAGAGAGACCUAAUGCAGAGGACCAGCCGCUAAGCUAUGCCCUGUGUCGUCGUCUGCCCACGGACCAUGUGAGCGGCCAGCUGCAGUUCAGAGUGGACAUGACCUCUGGACAUGACGACGGCUCUCCUGAUGCCAUGGGUUCCAUCUUGGGUUUGUCAGUGAACGGGGACCCUGGGAGCCCCUCUGACGAUGAAGACCCCCAGCCUUCCUCCAGGGCCCGGGGCCCCUCUCCUACAGGUUCCUACUCCUCCCUGCUCAACGGAGAGGUCCACAGGGAUGGAGACGGUGUCUGGAGUGGCGCCCGGGGGGCGGGAGGCGAGCUAGACGUCCUGGGAUUGGCAAUCCCGGGCGGCCACACCCAUCGACAGGCAUCCCUCAACGACUACCUGGAUGCCAUUGAAGCUCCUAAGGGCCCGGGAGAGCGGCCCCUGGGCGCGACGUCACCCAAGCUGAGGUCCAGUUUCCCCACGAACACACGACUCAGCGCCAUGCUGCAUAUAGACUCUGAUGAAGACGAGGAGGCAGGGCCGCCCAGGGACCAUCCACCACAUGACAGGAAGCCCUUGCUGCCACUGACCAAUGGUGUUCAGGCUGGGCUUGGAAAGGGAGCUGCCUCUUCAGAACAGGGCCUGGGGAAACAAGAGAAAGAGGGGACAGAGGCAAAUAGGGGAGAGGUUGAGGGAGCACAGGGGACAAAAGCUGGGACAGGGGUUGGAGAUGGACCUGGAGAUGAAGCUGGGGAUGGGGCUGGAUCUGGAGAUGGAGCUGGAGAUGGGGAUGGAGCUGGAGAUGGGGCUGUAUUUGGGGCUGGGUCUGGAGCUGGGGAUGGGGCUGUAUUUGGGGCUGGGUCUGGAGCUGGGGAUGGGGCUGGAUCUGGGGAUGGGGCUGGAUCUGGGGAUAGAGCUGGAGAUGGGGCUGGAUCUGAGGAUAGAGCUGGAGAUGGGGAUGGAGCUGAGGCUGGAUCUGGGGAGGGGGAUGGGGCUGGAACUGGGGAUAGGGCUGGAUCUGGGGAUGGAGAUGGAGAUGGGGCUGGAUCUGGGGAUGGGGCUGGAUCUGGGGAUAGAGCUGGAGAUGGGGCUGUAUCUGGAGCUGGGGUUGGAGUUGCAGUUGAAGCGAGGACUGGAGCUGGAUCCAUGGCUGUGGUUGGAUCUCUAACUGUAGCCAGACCUGGGGUUGGAGCUGAGGCCAGACCUGGAUCUGUGGUUGGUCCUGGGGCUGGAGCUCCUCUAUCUCCAAUACCUGAGACGAAUACUGCAGUGCAGGGGGUGUCAGAGGACGCUGUGGCAGCCAGGACUAAGGCCAGCCAGCAACCAACAAUCUCAGGGACCACAGCAGCCCAGGGGCCCCUCAGGAACUCACUGCCUGCUGUUCUGAAGACAUCCACUACUCAGAAGGAAAAGGAAAUGGCGCCCAAGGCUGAGGAGGAAGGGUCGGAGUCAUCCAGUGAAGGAGCAAGUGCCAUCGCAGCCCCCCCGACGACCAGUAGCGUUGCCGACCAGGGGGGCGGGGCCUCUGAUGUCACAGGAGCAAGGACCGCCGGCGCAGCAGCCAAUGAGGAAGACGAGGGUGGGGAGAUCUGGCAGAGGAGGUCCAUGCAGGCGUCUGGAGGCGUGUCUCAGGAGGAGGGGGCGCGGUCUUCUGAGGCCAGCGGGCCAAUCGACUCUCCUCAGAGUGUCUCUGAGGAGGGCAGAGAGGCAGGAGGGGCCACAGCUCAAGUCAACGGUCACCAGUCCGUCCGCUCCCUGCCCUCUGUCCGUCACGACGUUGGUCGCUACCAGAGAGUAGAUGAGCCCCUUCCUCCCAACUGGGAGGCCCGUAUAGACAGUCACAGUCGUGUGUUCUACGUGGACCAUGUGAACCGCACCACCACCUGGCAGAGACCCACCGCUCCUCCAGCACCGCAGCUCCUCCAGAGGUCCAACAGCAUACAGCAGAUGGAGCAACUCAACCGCAGGUAUCAGAGUAUACGCAGGACGAUGACCAAUGAGAGAACAGCAGAGGAGCUGACAGCUCCGCCCGAGGUGCCCACCGACGACACUGACCACCACACUAUCCCAGAGUAUCGUCGUGAUGGUGUGGUGGCUCCAGAUAGCUCUCGUUCUCGUCUCAGUCUGCUCCUCCAGUCUCCCAGCGCCAAGUUCCUGACCAGCCCAGACUUCUUCACCGUGCUGCAUUCCAACCCUAGUGCCUACCGCAUGUUUACAGGUAACACCUGCCUGAAACACAUGAUCAGUAAGGUGCGUCGGGACACGCAUCACUAUGAGCGCUACCAGCACAACAGAGACCUGGUGGUUUUCCUCAACAUGUUCUCCAACAAACAGCUGGAGCUGCCCCGUGGCUGGGAGCUGAAGCACGACCACACUGGCAAGCCUUUCUUUGUGGACCACAACUGCCGGGCCACUACGUUCAUCGACCCUCGGCUCCCUCUCCAGAGCAGCACGCGUCCCAGCAGCCUCCUGGCCCACCGCCAGCACCUGACCAGACAACGCAGCCACAGCGCUGGCGAGGUCAGCCCACAACACAUGAUGGGUGAGCACCCUCGUCACUCUGGAGGAGGACCCCCUGUAAUGCCCCGCCCAUCCAGCACCUUCACCACGGGCAGCCGCACCCAGUACCAAGACGUAGUGCCAGUGGCUUACAAUGACAAGAUAGUGGCGUUUCUACGACAACCCAACAUCUUUGAGAUCCUGCAGGAGAGACAGACAGAGUUUAUCAGGAACCACUGGCUCAGGGAGAAGGUGCAGUUGAUCCGUAAUGAAGGGGCCUCUGGUCUGGCCAGGCUGUCUGGUGAUGCAGACCUGGUCAUCCUCCUCAGCCUGUUUGAGGAGGAAGUGAUGUCAUAUGUUCCGCCUCACGCCUUACUGCACCCCAGCUACUGCCAGUCCCCACGAAGCUCCCCCGUGUCCUCUCCACAGAACUCACCUGGAACACAGCGAGCUAAUGCCCGUGCCCCUGCCCCCUACAAGCGAGACUUCGAAGCCAAACUGCGAAACUUCUACCGCAAACUGGAGACCAAGGGCUACGGCCAGGGCCCAGGGAAGUUAAAGUUGAUCAUCCGUAGAGACCAUCUCCUGGAGGAUGCCUUCAACCAGGUCAUGUGUUACUCCCGUAAAGACCUGCAGAGGAGCAAGCUCUAUGUCAGCUUCCUGGGAGAGGAGGGGUUGGACUACAGCGGCCCGUCCAGAGAGUUUUUCUUCCUGGUGUCUAGAGAGCUGUUCAACCCGUACUACGGCCUGUUUGAGUACUCCGCCAACGACACCUACACCGUUCAGAUCAGCCCCAUGUCUGCCUUCGUAGACAACCAUCACGAGUGGUUCCGUUUCAGCGGGCGUAUCCUGGGCCUGGCUCUGAUCCACCAAUACCUACUGGAUGCCUUCUUCACUAGACCCUUCUAUAAGGGCCUGCUGCGCAUCCUAUGUGAGCUGAGUGAUCUGGAGUAUCUGGAUGAGGAGUUCCACCAGAGUCUCCAGUGGAUGAAGGACAACGACAUCGAGGACAUGUUGGACCUCACCUUCACUGUCAAUGAGGAGGUGUUCGGACAGAUCACAGAGAGAGAGCUGAAGCCGGGCGGGGCCGACAUCCCAGUGUCAGAGAAGAAUAAGAAGGAGUACAUUGAGCGCAUGGUGAAGUGGCGUAUUGAGAGAGGAGUGGUUCAACAGACAGAGAGUCUGGUCCGGGGAUUCUAUGAGGUGGUGGAUUCCAGGCUGGUGUCAGUGUUUGAUGCCAGGGAGCUGGAGCUGGUGAUAGCUGGCACCGCUGAGAUAGACCUGGUGGACUGGAGGAGCAACACUGAUUACAGAGGAGGUUACCAUGACAACCACAUAGUGAUCCGUUGGUUCUGGGCGGCGGUGGAGAGGUUCAACAACGAGCAGAGACUCAGGCUGCUACAGUUUGUGACGGGUACCUCCAGUAUUCCCUACGAGGGUUUCGCCUCUCUCCGAGGCAGCAACGGACCCCGCAGGUUCUGUGUGGAGAAAUGGGGCAAAGUUACCUCUCUACCCAGGGCUCACACCUGUUUCAACCGGCUGGACCUCCCUCCAUAUCCAUCCUUCUCCAUGCUGCACGAGAAGAUGCUCACUGCCGUGGAGGAGACCAGCACCUUCGGCCUGGAGUGAUGACCCCUAUCACCUUUAACCCCCACUCCUCCUACGACCUUUGACCCUGACCUCUGAACUGUAGUAUCACAGAGGUAGAGGAACCCAAGGGGUUCAAGGGGAUGACUGUCUAGUCUGUCUGGCACCCUGUUGUAUCUUUAUACACACUCACCUUCCUGAAGUGAGCUGAACAGAGGAGAAUAGACCCAUGUCUAUCAGAGGGUAUGACCCCUGCACAACGCCAGGGGUCACUGUGAUGGUUAAGGUCACUUAGACACACUGCCAACACAAACCAAAGGAGAGCACCCUAACACUCACACCCUUACUCUAUUAGACCAAUGGGAGAGAUGGACUCGUAAGCCUCUAACCAAUCACACAAUGAAGGAACAAAAACCAAGACCUGGAGUGAGACUCCAGCUGGCUCAUCACGUUUUAUUAUUUAAAAUACGGAUUUCCAGUGGAGUCUCGUGAGGCAGGUGGUGGUCGAGCUUUUCCUGGAAAGCAGAAGAAACACAGAUGCUUUAUCUCACAGAGAGGUUGAGGCGGACAUCACAGGACAUCGCUCCUCUGAGAGGCUGAGGUGGACAUCACAGGACAUCGCUCCUCUGAGAGGUUGAGGCGGACAUCACAGGACAUCGCUCCUCUGAGAGGUUGAGGCGGACAUCACAGGACAUCGCUCCUCUGAGAGGCUGAGGUGGACAUCACAGGACAUUGCUCCUCUGAGAGGCUGAGGUGGACAUCACAGGACAUCGCUCCUCUGAGAGGCUGAGGUAGACAUCACAGGACAUUGCUCCUCUGAGAGGCUGAGGUGGACAUCACAGGACAUUGCUCCUCUGAGAGGCUGAGGUGGACAUCACAGGACAUCGCUCCUCUGAGAGGCUGAGGUAGACAUCACAGGACAUCGCUCCUCUGAGAGGCUGAGGUGGACAUCACAGGACAUCGCUCCUCUGAGAGGCUGAGGUAGACAUCACAGGACAUCGCUCCUCUGAGAGGCUGAGGUGGACAUCACAGGACAUUGCUCCUCUGAGAGGCUGAGGUGGACAUCACAGGACAUUGCUCCUCUGAGAGGCUGAGGUGGACAUCACAGGACAUCGCUCCUCUGAGAGGCUGAGGUGGACAUCACAUGACAUCGCUCCUCUGAGAGGCUGAGGUGGACAUCACAGGACAGUGUUGCUCUUGGAGAAGGGGAUGAGAGGAGAGAGGAAGAGAUGAAAGAAGACAAGACAGGUGCUCUUCAGCUGCUGUGGCCACGCCUCCUGCCCUGUCAGGGAGAGAACCAACCAAUCAAGGUCCAGGCAGCUUUGUGACCUGCCCUUGUUGAACACUCUGACAGGUGUGUUCUAGAACAGAACACUGAAGUAGCCCAUGGUGAUGCGGUGGUGUCUGUGUGCUGAAGCUGGACUCUCUCUACAGGCUUUUCAUCUAUCUGCAAAAUGUCUUUUGUAACGGCCACAAACAAUGAUAUGUUUUUGAAUGUACUGACUGAUAUCACGAUGAUGCGCUUGAAUGUGUCGUUUUUGUACGUCGCUCGAUGACUCGUCAAAUCAAAAUGGCUGCCUCAUUCUUAACAAACUUCAGGGCAAGCUAUAAGCACGGAUAACCAAACUCAGCUACGGUUUGUUCGAUAAAGACAUUACAUUGAGUUGUCUUUCCCAUAAUGUUAGACACAAGCUCACACACACACUCUUUCGGUGUUUUAGCUCUUUUCAUUGUUUGCAAGUAUGUUGAUUGUCAUCGUCGCUUUAUCAUUGAACUACACUGCCAGAGUAGAGGGUGAUCUGAACUUUUCAAAUCCGUCAUGGUUGUUUGUUGCUCUUGUUUUUAACUUGCUUCUACUUUUUCUCCUUAUGUACAUUAUCCUGAUUGGCACCUAAUUGAAUAUGUUGGUUUGAUCAGUUCCUAUUUCAAUAGGGGUUGGGACCCCGAUAUAACAUCAUAUAAUGACAAAUGUUCGUAUGACCGUGAUAAUGAAAGUAAAACAUGGUGAUUAACAACCUGCAUGUCGAGAGAUACACACACACACACACACACACACACACACACACACACACACACACACACACACACACACACACACACACACAUAUCAUGCAAUUAUAAUGUGAUCUGUGUGUGGGUGAUGGUGAGGUGAAGGGACAUUUAUAGCUUUAUAGAGACUCGUGACAGAGAACAUGUUGAAGUCAUACACAAGCACAGAUGACCAUGGUAUGCUAUUACACUGACUGUUUUGGUGGGGGAAAUGUUUUUUAUAGACGGAUCUACAGUACUGGGAAGUUUUAAGACGAUGAGUAAUGAGCAUAUGAUUUUAUAGACGUAUCUACAGUAUAUGGAAGUUUUAAGACGAGGAGUAAUGAGAACAUGAAGGAAGAGUCAUAGAAACAAAUACAUAUUUGUCAUGUUUUUCACUUCAUAUCCUGCCUUAGAAAGCAUUAGUCUGCUUUCUGAUACCACCAUAUUCUACUCUCAGGGUGCAUUCCAGGUCACCUUUAUUGCAGUCGCGCUGCUGCUGAGCAUUUUAGCCGAUUACUAUAUUAUAUGUAUAUCAUAUUAUUGUGGUUCCAGAGAGGUAAAUACUUUUCCAGGCGUUGUGAGGGACUAUCAUCUGAGCAGUGUGUCGACUGCAAUAACGAUUACAUGAAACGCGCCCAAUGUCUUUGUUUCAGGGAUGUGACCCCACCCAGCCACCAUCACAUCCCGAGACUGGAAUGUAGCUAACGGAAUGUAAGGGACUGAAAUAGAACAACUUCCUGCAUUCUCUUCCAUCAUCCCAGGGCCAGUGAGAGACUGGGGGCAGAUAUAUUACAUGUUUUACGUUAAAAACAUAAUUUUUAAAAAGGGAAGUGCACAGUGGCAUAACAUGUAUUUAUUUUUGGACAUUUUAGUAAUUUAUCAGACGCUCUUAUCCAGAGCGAUUUACAGUUAGUGCAUUCAUCUUAGACUGUAGCUAGGUGGGACGGGUUCUGGUGUAGUUUUUGAGCAUAGACUGAAAGACUGAAGCUAGGGAGGGACAGUUUCUCUUGCUGUUUCAUAGGUAUGCACCAUGGUCUUGUAGUGGAUGCGAGCAUUAUGGGAAUACUGUACAUGAGCUGGGAUGGCUUGCGAGAAGUUCUUCUAACUUUUUACGUACUGACAGUACACCUUUCUUUCAUUCUGACUCCCUCUCUGUCUGCAAAUGAAUGAUUGUGCUGUCCUGUGUAGGCUAUGUAUUUUCACCAGGGGUCUCCAACAGGUCGAUCGCGAGCUACCAGUAGCUCGCAGUCUACCUAUGAGUAGCUCGCCAAACAAUUCUGAAAGUACAAUUUGCACGUGUUCCACGACAAACUGUCAUAAACAAAUCCCACAAGUGUCAGACACCGCAAGCUCCCAGCUACUAUCUAAUUAACGCAAAAUUGACAUGUUAAAAAGCCAAACCUAACAAUAUCUGCCAAUGAAUUCGCAGCAAUAUUGCCCCUGUCUGUCUGUGUGGUGCGCGCGUUUGUCCAUCACUCCAGACAGUUGACGUGAUAAACCAUCUUGUGAGUUGACCGAAAUACUUUCCCCAAAACCUUUUCAAUUAAAUAUUUAUUGCAAGUAGGCUUACCUGGCAUAAGUAUAUAAUGAGUAUAUAUUGUUAUUUGAAAACUUGAAAUUAAAUGAAAUGCCAUGAAAUGCAUAGCAGUAUGGAACCAUUGCUAUACUAGCACAUUCCUCACUCAGAUGCGCAAUUAAAGGGCCAGAUGCGCAAUUACAGGAACAUUGCACAAAGAUAUCUACAUUUGUUAGUUUCCUUCCAGACCUAAAAAUAAUUGACUUGGACUCAGAACAUUCCAUUUCGUUGUUUCUCUAUGAAUAAUUAUAAUUUUGAGAGUGAAAACAAUUCUUAAACCAGGAAAAACAACACUGACAACAAAUCUCUGAUUUUAGAGUUGUUUAUUAUCCAUUAUUUUACCAGGUAUAUUGACAGAAAAUAUAGUGCACUACUUUCUCUUGUAGUGCAAGGACCCGGAGAAGAGUUGCAGGGGAGAGGAGAAGAAUGGGCCUAUUUUAAAAUCUAGAAAGAAAUGAGAUCUAAUGCCAGAAAAGGUUGGAGACGCCUGAUUUGCACUGAAUGUACCAAUGUUUUGGGGCUUUAAUUGGGGCUUUUGACUCUCUUCAUCCAAGUCUCGGUCUCUCAACCUCCAUGGUCUUCACAUUCACCACCAUCACUGAGUAACCGAUAGCCCAUCACACCAAGCCACUACUUCUUUACUCACAGAAACACUUUAACUACAACACAACAUGCAUAUAUACAUUAUCACCAAUUGUGACCAAUUUGAAAGUUGCAUCCAUGUUUCAGUUGUUCUCACCUUUUUGUAAUGGAAUGUUCUGUCUGUUCCUCUCUGGCUGGCUGUCUGCCUGUCUGGUCCUGUGACAGGCAGGACUCUAGGAUUAGAUACUGUCUGCUGGGGGGUUCAAGGCUGUGUCUUUGUCAGAGCUUCACUAUGCAAAGCUUUUUUCUCCACGUCACUCCUAAUGAUUGUAUGAAAAAAACGAUAAAAAUAAUUGAUUAAA